AUCCUUGGUCAUCUAAAGCAUUGCACUCUCUUCCUGAGAGAGGCAAUGGCCACAGCAGGGAACGACUCCUUCAUUGCCGAGGGAAUGACUCCGCCACAAAGGAUCCUCUUUCCCCCAGAGAAGAUUUGCAUGGUCUGGCAGCAAAGACAGAGUGCUGGAGCAGGACUCCUCAAUGUGGGCAACACAUGCUUCCUUAAUGCUGUCCUGCAAUGCCUGACAUACACCCCGCCACUGGCCAACUAUCUGCUCUCCCGGGAGCACAGCCAGGCCUGUCGCCAACAAGGCUUCUGCAUGAUGUGCAUCAUGGAAGCGCAUGUUAACAAGGUCCUGCGUUCAGUCAGUGCCAUCCUGCCUUUGGCUGUUCUCAGGGCUUUCAGAUUCAUAGGAGAACAUUUUCAGCUUGGCAGGGAGGAAGAUGCCCAUGACUUCUUAUGCUGUACUGUCAAUGCCAUGCAGAGAGCUUGUCUGAGUGCAAGCAACGACUUGGACAUAUCAUCUCAAUCUACUACCAUUGUCCAUCAAAUAUUUGGAGGCUUUCUGAGAUCCAGAGUCAUCUGCUUCAGCUGCAAAGCCAUUUCUGAUUCCUAUGAGGCCUUCCUGGAUGUCCCCUUGGAUAUCAAAGCAGCCUCAUCCCUCACUGCAGCUCUGGAGGACUUUGUAACACCGGAGCACCUGGAUGGGGAAAACUGCUUUAAAUGUAGCAAGUGUGAGAAGAAUGUUGCCGCCACUAAGAGGUUCACUGUCCACUGUGCACCCAAGGUUCUCACUGUGUGUCUGAAGAGGUUUGACUGCUUCACUGGUGGCAAGAUCAGCAAGGUUGUAGGGUAUCCGGAGUACUUGGAUCUUCGCCCAUACAUGUCUCAGGCAGAUGGAGAAGCACUCCUCUACUCCUUAUAUGCUGUCCUGGUGCACAGUGGUGUCAGCUGUCAUGGAGGACACUAUUUCUGCUACACAAAGGCCAGCAAUGGAUUGUGGUACCGGAUGGACGAUGAAUCUGUGCAGCUGUGUUCCAUUGACACAGUUCUCAGGCAGCAAGCCUACCUGCUGUUCUAUGCCAGGUAA